AUGCGAAGAAUACACUUGGCGAGACAACGACUGGCUUGCCCUACGUACCUCCAUCGGUCACCAAAAUACUUGAUGUUGUCGCUACUGAUAAUUUGCUCCCAGGGCUCUUUGGUUCGAUCAUCAGAAGACUCCGACCGCAAAGACAACUGGCUGGGAAACAUUCAAAGAUCUGCCGAAGAGAGAAGCCUCUUGUUCUUUCAUUUGUUUGGUUCCUAUCUCAAUCGAAAUCGGUUUCCAGAUCGAUUGGACUGUGAUUAUGAUGACCCAGAAAAGAUGCAGUACUGUCCUCCUGUGGCACCUCCUCCGAAGCACAUCAGGAUGGUGGAUGAUGGGACAACUAGACAAAAAAGAGGGAAGCAGAGACGCAACGUAGAAACGCUCCCAACAAAGUGCCUUGACAAUCCUGAAGACCCAGAUUGCAGGUUGCUUGACCAAGUCAAUGUACAUCGAUCCACCCUAUUCACUUCAGCAGGAAGAAAAUGGCCGACUGCAGCACCAAUAGCUACACAAGAGCCUACAAGAGAUGAUUGCUAUGGAAAUAUGCUGGAUGGAAGAUUCUGUUCAUCUGAGCAGCCAACCAUCUCAGAAGAGCCAACCAUCAUUCAACAACCAAAAACUGAACUACCCGUGGCUGGUUUGUCAAGCGCCCCUGGGUAUCGAAAAGAGCCUUUAAAACCAUCGCUCAGUUUGCCACCUCAUCCGGAGCCAACCCGACAUGAACCAUAUAACAACUAUGGCGACAUCACGCGUCCCCCGAAACCAGGUCGACCAAUACCUCCUCACUACAACGCGACCGCAAACUUCACUAAGGAACCAACCACAAAGUUCUCGGAAUCGGUAAACAUUACAAAGGUCAGCACGCCAGUGCCAGGUGCUAGAGACAAGGGAAACGUCACCAGAGGAACUCAACCAGUCAGCGGACCAACCCCGAUUCCUGUCUUGAGCUAUGACAUCCACGGAGAGGUCACAAGACGCCCGACAGCUCAAAAAACUCCAACAAUACAGCCAACCAUCGAGUUCGGUGGACCGGCAUCAAUCCCUAGAGGGACUGACGAAACACCCACAGUCCAGCCAGGCACACCCAGUGUUCAACCAACAGCCCCACGGCCAACACAGAUUGAUGAAUCAAUUCAAGCCCCAGCAUCCAUCACAAGAAGUCCUACAGUGGAGCCAGGAAAGCCCAGCAUCAGCCCUACCACUGGACAGCCAACCUUUGUUGAGACCUUUGAAGCGCCUGCAGCAGUCACUAGGAGGCCUUCCUGGCCAAUCCCACAACCAAAGUUGUGCUACCCUGAGGUUGUGAUUGUAGAGGAAGACUUUGAGGGUGCUGGAUCAGCCAAUUCAUGGACUGGUGGCUCACUUUCCAGAAGAGAGGACGGCUCCCAGUUCUUGGGUCUUUUGGGACAAGGAAACAGUGAGAUCUAUCAGGAGUUUGAAAUACCCUUGUCGGCAAAUGAAGAAGAUCCAACAGAGGCAAACUCUGUAACCGUUCAGUUUUCUUUGUAUCUGCUGGACAAGUGGACUCCCCCAGACAAGGUGUUUGUGGUGGUCAAUGGCAUCAGUGUGGACCUUGGAGAGUUGGAGAGCACCAGCACUGGAGAGCCCGCUGCUGGAGAAGCAGGAGGCAUUACCUGGGAGAGUAUCCCCCCAAAGCGUGGCAUCAGCAUCAUGAAGAAUGAGACAAACGUGGAGAAGCAGCACACCAUUCUCUUGACAAUCCCAAAUGAUGUGAUGGACAACAGCAAGAUGACCCUGUCAUUCCAAGCUUCAACCUCCAAGCCUAUCUCAGAGGAGAGCGCCGGAAUUGACGACUUGGUGAUCACUGGCUUCUAUGAGUGUGAGGAGAGUGCCGCCCCAUCAGUACCAACUGUCCCUACUACUGCAGGGCCUACAAUGGUAGCGACAUUUGAGGCCCCUGCUGCAGUCACAAGGAUGCCUACAGUGGAACCAGGAAAGCCCAGCAUCAGCCCUACUACUGGACAGCCAACCUUUGUUGAGACCUUUGAAGCUCCUGCAGCAGUCACUAGGAGGCCUUCAUGGCCAAUCUCACAACCAAAGUUGUGCUACCCUGAGGUUGUGAUUGUAGAGGAAAACUUUGAGAGUGCUGGAUCAGCCAAUUCAUGGACUGGUGGCUCACUUUCCAGAAGAGAGGACGGCUCCCAGUUCUUGGGUCUUUUGGGACAAGGAAACAGUGAGAUCUAUCAGGAGUUUGAAAUACCCUUGUCGCAAAUGAAGAAGAUCCAAAGAGGCAAACUCUGUAACCGUUCAGUUUUCUUUGUAUCGCUGGACAAGUGGACUCCCCCGACAAGGUGUUUGUGGUGGUCAAUGGCAUCAGUGUGGACCUUGGAGAUUUGGAGAGCACCAGCACUGGGAGCCGCUCUGGAGAAGCGGAGGCAUUACCUGGGAGAGAUCCCCCCAAACGUGGCAUCAGCAUCAUGA